AUAUGCGAGUGAGAGGGCUUGAAAAAGAGAGUUGUGGACCCACAGAACUACAGACAGGGAGGAGGACAACGUAGAGACAACAAACACAUCGAAUCACCUGACUGUGACCUUCUCUUAAAACAAGUAGAAAGGAGAGCUGACAAACUCAUUCAUCCUCAAAUACACACACUCCGUCAGCAGCAGAAUGUUUCAGUGGCUUCUCAUCCAGGUGUGCUUGUGUCUGGCUCUCGCCUAUGAAGACGAAAUUGAGGUCAACUAUGGCGACAACUACUUCAAUGAAAUCACAGAGGAAGAGACACCAACACCCACACCAAGCCCGGCCCCUUGCAAUUCUCCAGAUCUGACUAAAUGGGACAAACUCUUCUCUAUGCUGGAGAACAGUCAGAUGAGGGAGAACAUGCUGCUUCAGUAUGCAGAUGACAUCAUCAAGGUGGAGGUGGGGUCACUGCGUGAUGAAAUGCUCAGGUUUGUAGCCCAGUAUAGUGGGUCCUGUGGGUCAGCAGUGGAAACGGCAGGAAGAAAUAUGGCUUUGCAGCUGGAAACCCACCUCAGAGGAACUCUGGAUAACCUCAAAGCUUGUAAAGAUUCCGCAGGUGGGAGCCCCAGUGAGAUUACCAACCACCUGGAAGCAUUGUUACAGCAGCUCCUCUCUGCAGCACAAACACAAGCUUCCAGACUUGCAAAGGUGGAGGCCAGUUGUUUCAGCAGUCCAGGAGCCAUGAUGGGACCGGGAGUGCAAAAAGACCCAAAGACAGGCUUCCAGCUUCCAGAAAAUGAAGGCAAUGGACAUAAGGACCAGGAGGUAACAUCACAACAUAUGGCUUUAGAGGAGGCACUUGCUGCUCUGCAAGAGACAAGACUGGAGCUUGGGGAGAUGAUGAGAUCAUUGAAGCGACAUUAUCUCCCGGCAGGUUGUGAGACUGCCCUUCUCUUCCCCAUGCGAUCCCGUCGUAUCUACACUUCCGUUAUACCAGAAGACCCCCUCUCCCUCUCCUCCUUCACUGUGUGCCUGUGGGCAAAGCCAGCUGCCGUGUCCAAUAAAACUGUGCUGUUCUCCUACGGAAAUCGCAGGAAUCCAUACGAGAUCCAGCUGCUAUUUGGCCAUACAUCAGCCCUCUUCACAGUCGGAGGGGAGGCCCACCUGGUGCAGAUCAAGGGAGUGGUGAACACAGGAGGUGCCUACGAGUGGAUCCAUUUGUGCGGGGCUUGGACCUCUGACCAAGGCCUGGCAUCCCUGUGGGUAGAUGGGAAAAAGGUGGUUUCCACUCCUGGAGUAGCUGAAGGACACGUCAUACCUGAAGGUGGUUCACUCCAGCUAGGCCAGGAAAAGAAUGGCUGCUGUCCCCAGUCUCCAGUUAGCGGCAUGCCAGGGUUUGAGGGAGGCUUUGACGCGAAACUAGCAUUUGCAGGGAAGAUGACAGGGGUGAACAUGUGGGACAGAUUGUUAACACAGGAGGAGAUUUCACAGCUGGCUUCGAGGGAGGGCCAUGGCUGCGAGCAGAGGGGGAACAUGGUGGCAUGGGGUGUGACAGAGAUGGUGCCACAUGGAGGCGCUCAGUUCAUCAACUAACAGAUUUCCCAUACCAAAUAAUCAUUGGAAACAUCAUCCAUGCAUUCACAUGAAAAAUCCAAAAGUCGUGGACCAACACCCAGCUGCUUUGACCACCAUCAUCUUUGUCUUCUUUAACUGUUUCAUUUUUGUGUUAUUAUUAUUACUAAAAGUGUAUUUUGCUUAAUAUUCUUGCCAUUAUUAUGAACACUGAAGCUGGAUAUGCUGCAUUUUAAAUGGGAGAAAUCCAAAGCUGUGAGAGACUGAAAUUAAUUUUGAAUCCUAUUGAAUGCCGCUGCACAAGAGUUGCACAUACAGUCAAGCAAAUUUUUGCCUGAAAUAUGAGUGCAAGAACACAGGAUGUAAGAUUACCGCAAUACAACUGACAGAGGUAGAGAUUAAUUUUGCAGUUGUCAAGAAAAAAAGUUUUUUUAAUGUGUUGAUUGUGAUUUUUUUUUUAAAUAUCUGUAUUUGUACAGAAAUGGCAAAUGCCAUUCAUUAUUACAGGUAAGGUAAGGUGCACUAAGCAAAUUAUACAGUUCAAAAUCUGCCACUUUAGCAUUUUGAUGGCAGAAAUGGUAAUAUUUUGAGGGUUUUAUAACUUCUUUUGAAAGCCAUAUCAUGUGACCAAGAAAAAUUUGUAACAAUUUUUUUUUUACUUUUACAAGCCACUAGAUAAAAUAAUAAGGAAACAAACAAUGCCCAAUGACCUCUCUAUAUGCUGAGGUAUUAUAUUUGCAAUACUGCAUGUAAUAUUUGAAAUUCUUAUGUAAUUAAAAAAACCGCUGCUCUUUCAUAUUUUUUAUAUUUUCUUACAUGGGCAACUAUUCAAAAUCUCUUCAAAUUAUUCUUAGCACACUAAUUAUCUUAUAAAUUAACUUAUUUUCUGUUAUUUUAAACACUUUUGAAGUAUUUUACAUCCUCAUAUUUCUAAAUUUUAUACUCAUAUGUAAGGUGCAAAACUGUAUUUUGGUCUGCUUUUUUCAGUUCUCAUUUAUUAAACAUCUUGUUUUUAAAAAUAACAGGUGUCAUUUGAGAUCGAUGUAGCUAUGUUGACUAUGAUAAAAGAAACUGUAGGCAAUGUUUACACAAUCUUUCAUUCUCUAAGUUGUCUUGUAUUAUACUGUAAAAUGUUUUUGUUGUCAUUGUUGAAUUUGUUAACAGGUAUAAUUGAAUGUAUUUGUAUAUAAAUAUACGUAUUUUGUAUUACAUGAUUGGGUGAAUGAAGAGUGAGAAUAAACCAUUGCUUUGCUUGAUAUUGUUUAAUUAGGCUCCCCCCCUUUCUUUUUAAAACAUCAGCAAGACAUGAAUACUGCAUAUUUGUGGUUAAACCAAAACA